UUGAAGCUUAUUCAAUAACAGUAGAAAAUGAACAUGCUAUAAAAACCAGAAACGCAUUAACAAAAAUUAUUCAACUCUAUGAUGAUGCUGUAUGGGUAUUUCCAGGAAAGACAUUAAAGGACUCCACUUUCAGUGCCCAUUUUAAAAGAAAAAGCUAUUCAGUUGCACAAAUUGUUGGGUAGUGAAGAAAAUGACCUUACAGCAAGUGAGAGUUGGCUUUGGCGAAGGGCAAGUUAUUAUUUCUGAUGAAAAACUUUCAGCCGGUGAUGAUGCUGCUAAAGAGUUCUUGUAAACUUUGAGUCAACAGAUGAACUCUUUAACGUAGAUGAAUCAGGUGUACACAGUGUGUGAUGAAUCAGUUCAUCUGAUAAUAAGCAGAGUUCCUGCUAUUAAGCUACACUCCGAGCUGUGUACGCUUUGCAACCGCUUCGGAGAUGUCACCAGAUGUGUCCAAGUUCCUAAUUAUGAGACUGAGGAAUCAUUCGUGGAAACAUAUCAUGUGCAGUAUGCAAGAAUACAGUCUGCUAGGUAUGCAAAGAAACAGCUGGAUGAAAGAGCUUUCUAUGGAGGUGUGUUGCACGUUUGUUAUGCCCCAGAACUGGAAACUGUUGAAGAUACCAAACAAAAACUCAUUCAAAGGCGUAAAGAAAUAGUAACUAGAAUUAGGAGAAGAUGUGAAAGUCAUAAGAGUAAAUCAACUGCUGAAUUGUGCCAACACAUGGAUGUGACUAUUGGAAAGGAUGAUAAUUGCAAAAGUGUUUUUCCACAUCCAAGAAACAAAUUGAUAAGUGAACAGACACCCACCCUACCUCUAAUGAGUAAUCAGGGCCAGAACCAGUGGCACAAUGCAGUUGAAAAUUUCAGUUCUCCUCUAGCUGAAAAUAAAACUGCAGUAGAUCCAGUAGUAAACCAUGAUUAUUCCAACAUGACAAACCAUCAUCGAAUAUUGGAAAGAAAAUUGAAGUUUAUACCCCGUCCAGUUGCAAUCACUAAACGAAUUGUUUUUCACAAAAAUUAGCAAAAUCUUGCAUAGUAAUAUAUGAAUAAUAAACAAUAUUUUCAUUUCA